GUUGGGAGCCGUGACGUAUUUACUGACAGGGACACGCGAGUUUUCGCGCCGGUGCUCUAUUUGCUCGCGAAGGCACUAUUUGGGGAGAUAAACCGAACCAACCGUCCCGUUCCUUUCCGUUUUACCGUUUUGCGUCAACAAGUUCACCUCCAGACUCUUAGUCUGUGUCUGUCACCGGGAGGGAAAUAACGGGACCGCUGCUCUCUCCUGCUUCACAAACUCACCAAAUGAGAUUUAUUUCCAUGAAACUCUUGAUUUGUUUUUAAAAACCGGUGAAAACCCGAAUCGGAGCGCGCAUAGAAUGAUGGCACGCCGCAUUGACCGAAAUCUGGUUUCUUUGUCCAUGUUUGGAUACUUGGUUUGGCAAACGGUGGUUUCUGUCGUUCACGCUGACGGUCGUGUGUUCCUAUUGGACCAGAGAAACACGUCUGACUCCGGGGGAUUGGCUGAGGCGGAACAUGCAUGUGCUUCCCAUGAUGCCCGGCUGGCAUCAGCCGAGGAGCUGCGUCAUGCCGUAAUGGAGUGUUCCUUCUCUCCCUGCACACGAGGAUGGCUGGACGGGGGCAGCGUGGGGACUACAGUGUGUAGUAACUUGGGCAGUGCUCUGAAGGCAGUGGAUGUGAAGAUAGAGAACACUACAGAGGACAACACACACCUGGAUGUCUUCUGUGUCAAAGACAAGGGUGUUCCAUGUGGAGACCCCCCUGCAUUCCCCAACACGCAUCUCCAGGGCCACACCGGGUUUGAGAUGGGGGACGAGCUGCUGUACUCCUGUCUACCUGGUCAUGUGUUGCCCAGCGGCCACUCAGCCUUCAGCCUGCUGUGUGACAGCUGUGGAGAGUGGUACGGAUUGGUACAGCUCUGUGUAAAAGACAAGACAGAGGCCCACAUUGACUAUGAAGAUAAGUUCACUGAUGACGAUCACCAACUCUCCUACGACACCCCUACUGAGGAGGAGGACACACAUGAGGAACCGGUAGAAGAGGAGGUGCAAGAGGAGACAGCAUAUGUAAAUGUGGAGGAGGACACAGGAGAAGAGGGGCGCAGGGAUCAGGAGCAGCAGGAGGCCAGCUUCAGCAUGACUGAAGUAGAGGAGCAGGAUGUGGAGACGGGAGGAGAGGAGGAAGUGCAGGGAGGAGAGGAGCUGUCUGUGGGAGAGGAGGAGGAGCAGGAGGAGAACGUGGGGGAAGGACUGGUGACUGGAAGAAAAGAGGAGGAGCUGGAAGACUCGACAAACCAUCCCGUCGAUGAGGAGAAGCAGGAAGAGGAGCAGGAGGAGGGGAUGGGCAUGUCGGAGGCGACUGAGGCGCCCGUCUCCCUGCUUUCCCAGAAGCACCUGUUCUGGUUCCCCUCAGAGGCCUUCCAGGAGGCGGGACAUGUGGAACCCACCCACUCGCCAGUCACACAGGUAACACCCCCUGAGGGAGACAACCGUGUCAGGGCCUCCGGCAGCGAAUCAGAGGAGAGCAAGGACGACAACAGCCAACCAGAGGAGACAAAAGAUCAUGACAGCCAUGAGGGUCAAUUCCAACAACCAAUUGACCACAAUGACCAUGAUGACCACGAAGAUGAUGUUGACCAUGAACAUAUUGACCGUGAAUAUGAUCACGACGAUCGAACAGAUCCUGACCACGAUGAAAGUUCUGAACAAGUUUUUGAUGGUGAAGACCAUGCCGUUGAACACCUUGACCACGAUGAUCCAGACACCCAUGAUGGCCAUGAACAUGACAACCAUGAAAGCAAUGAUGGUGAAGAGGCCCACCGUGAGGACCAAGGAGAACACAGGGAGGAUGACCAUGAGAAGGGGGGUGCGUAUGAUAACAGACACGACGAGCAUUACAACAUGGGUGAACACGAGGAGGAUGACCGCAUUCAAUAUCACAGCCACGGUGAACAUGAUGAUCAUGAAGACCAUGACCACGAUGAUGUAACGGAUCACCAUGACGAUGAUGAUCAUGACCACUCAGAUCCUAGCGAUCACCACGAUGACCAUGAAGACCAAGACCAUGUCCACGACCAUGAUCACCUUGAUGACCAUGAAGACCAAGACCAUGACCAUAACGAUCAAGAUGAUCAUGGCCAUGAUGACCAUGACCACGACGACCAUGAAGAUGGCCAUGUAGUCCCUCCCAUUGGAAUGACAACAGGCGAGCCUCAGAAUGUAACCCAGGAGGCGGCGGGAGGAGAACCCACAGCCAGCACAGACGAGACCUGGUUGGACGGCUACCCUGUCAGUCAGGAGGAGACUGACACUGAUAAAGUGGGAGGCGGCUCCACAGAGGAAGGGGUGGGGCCUGAGGUGCGAGCGGAGGAAGAGGAGGGUCUUGUGGUUGUCGGGGUGACGGACCGGCCCAAUGAGGUGGAGAUGAGUCGUCCCGUCCCAUUCACGGGCGUCCCUGAGGUCCCCCUGUCCCCCACGCAGGAGGCGGACCCUGUAGAGCAGGAUCAGGACCAGGUGGGAGGACUCAGCCCUAAAGCCUCACCCGACUCACCCCUCUCCCCUGAGGCCACAUCCUCAGGUUCCUAUUCAGCCGACUACACCACGCCCUCUCUGACAUCGUCACUGGACGGCGUCACCCCCAGAAACGCAGCCAGGCCUUCUCCCACAGACUCCUGGGAAACCAUGGAUCAUGUGCACCCCUUCCUGGAGCACGGCCCCGCCCCCACGGCGUGGACUGAUGAUGUCAUUGACGAGGAGGAAGGUGGAGCCGAGCACAACCUGACUCGACACAGUGGGGAGAGGGAGGGGGAGGAAGGGGAGAAGGAAGGCAAGACAGGGGAGGCAGGGUGUACCGGAGGUGAGGAGGACUGCCCUCCUCCCCCUCCUCCCUCCUCCGGCAGGGGGCCCACGGUGGCGGCCAUUGUCAUUGCUGUGUGCACGGUUGCCCUGGCAGCCGCCGUCGGUGCGUGGUGUUACCGACAAAAACAGCAGAAGAGCUCGAUGUACGAGAUGAACGGGAAGGGUCAGAGUCACAGCAGACAUGGACAACAGAUAGAGAUGCAACAGAAGGUCUAAGAGAGAGAGAAAGAGAGAGACAGUGCGGCUGUAGAGAGAGUGGAGGGAGGC